GCAGCGGGGCUGCGUGGCCACUGCAGGCCGGCUGCCAUGGAGGUAACGCUGCUCGGGCGACCGGACUGGGACCGGGGCCCACCAUCUCCCCGCGGGGCCUUCCCGAGCCGCGGUUUGAGACACGGGGAUGGGCGCCGUGAUCCUGUUCAAGAUGGGGUGGCUUCACCAGCCACCUCUGGGACUGGGAAAUCUAAGCUGGAAACCUUGCCCAAGGAAGAUCUUAUCAAGUUUGCCAAGAAGCAGAUGAUGCUAAUACAGAAAGCUAAAGCCCGAUGUGCAGAAUUGGAGAAAGAAAUUGAGGAAUUCAAAACAAAACCUGUUGCUGGAGGAACUGGUGAUAUUAUUAAGGCAUUGACUGAACGUCUGGAUGCUCUUCUUCUGGAAAAAGCAGAGCGUGAGCAACAGUGUCUUUAUCUGAAGAAAGAAAAUAUUAAAAUGAAGCAAGAGGUUGAGGAUUCUAUUACUAAGAUGGAAGAUGUGCACAAGGAGUUUGAACAAUCACAAGGAAACUAUGUGAAAGAAAUUGAAAAUCUGAAAAAUGAAUUAAUGGCAGUACAUUCCAAACACAGUGAAGAUAAAGCUAGCUUGCAAAAGGAACUGGAAGAAGCAGCAAAAAAACAAUUAGAACUUUCCGAACAACUUAAAUUUCAGGGUAACUGUGAAGAUAAUGUUAAAAAACUACAAGAGAUUCAGAACAUCAAGCCAGUCUUUGAGGAACAAAUUUUAUAUCUGCAAAAACAAUUAAGCACUGCUACAAAUGAAAAGGAGCAAGAAAUUACGCAUCUCCAAGAAGUCAUUGAGGCUAAUUCCCAGCGUUACCAAAAAGAUAUUAAUAGUUUGCAAGAAGAGCUUUUGCAGUUGAAAGUUGCACACCAAGAAGAGGUGAAAGAUUUGAUGUGCCAAAUAGAAGCAUCUGCAAAAGAACGGGAAGCAGAAGUGAGUAAUUUAAACCAGCUAAAGGAGAAUUUAGUCAGACAAUGUGAAGCAAGUGUGAAGAACAUUCAGGAGAAGUAUGAAUGUGAAUUAGAAAACUUAGAGAAUGCGCCAGAUGCAAACCACGAAAAUCAGAUGUGUCCUGUGCUCUUACAAGAAGAAGCUUUUGUAGAACAAGUAGUAAACGAAAAAAUCAAACACUUAGAAAACACCUUAAAAGAACUGGAGUCUCAACAUAGUAUCUUAAAAGAUGAGGUAACUUACAUGAAUAAUCUUAAAUUAAAACUUGAACUUGAUGCACAACAUAUAAAGGAUGAGUUUUUUCAUGAACGGGAAGACUUAGAGUUUAAAAUUAAUGAAUUAUUGCUAGCUAAAGAAGAACAGAGCUGUGUAAUUGAAAAAUUAAAAUCUGAACUAGAAGAUUCAAACAAACAAUUUUGCUGUACUGUAGAACAACAUAACAAAGAAGUACAGAGACUUAAGGAACAGCAUCAAAAAGAAAUAUCAGAACUAACUGAGACAUUUUUGUCAGGUUCAGAAAAAGAAAAAUUAACACUAAUGUUUGAAAUACAAGGUCUUAAGGAGCAGUGUGAAAACCUACAGCAAGAAAAGCAAGAAGCAAUUUUAAAUUAUGAGAGUCUGAGGGAGAUUAUGGAGAUCUUACAAACAGAACUGGGGGAAUCUGCUGGGAAAAUAAGUCAAGAGUUUGAAUCAAUGAAGCAACAGCAAGCAUCUGAUGUUAACGAACUUCAGCAGAAACUCAGAACUGCCUUUAAUGAAAAAGAUGCUCUUCUUGAAACUGUGAAUCGUCUCCAGAGAGAAAAUGAAAAGUUGUCCCAACAAGAAUUAGUGCCAGAACUUGAAAAUACCAUAAAAAGUCUUCAAGAAAAGAAUGAAGUGUGUUUAGUUAGUCUCAGUCAGAGAGAUACCAUGUUACAAGAACUUGAAGCAAAGAUAAGUUCCCUCACUGAGGAAAAAAAUGAUUUCAUAAGUAAAAUAAAAACUUCUCAUGAAGAGAUGGAUAAUCUCCAUAAAAAAUGUGAAAGGGAAGAAAGAUUGAUUGUAGAACUUAGGGGAAAAGUAGAGCAAACUAGCCACUGCAACAGUGAACUGGAACAAAAGGUAAAUGAAUUAAGAGGAGAACUAGAAGAAACUUUAAAAGAAAAGGAUCAAAAUAACCAAAAACUAGAAAAACUUAUGGUUCAAUUAAAAACUGUCUCUGAGGACCAGGAAGCACUAUCAUCUGAAGUUAAGAGUCUUUAUGAGGAAAAUAAUAGAUUAAGUUCAGAAAAGAACCAGUUGAAUAGGGAUUUGGAAGUUCUCCUGUCCCAAAAAGAAGAUGUUAUGCUUAAGGAACACAUUUCUGAAUUAGAAAAGAAACUUCAGGUAACAAUUACAGAACGAGAUAAUUUAAGUACACUGUUUGAAAAUGAGCAGGUUCAGAAGUUAUUUGUCAAAACUCAGUUAUGUGGUUUUCUGAAGCAGAUGGAGUCAAAAGUUUCAGAAGAAGAUGAAGAGGAAGAUGUUGUAAAUAUCCUACAAGCUGUAGGUGAAUCCUUAGCUAAAAUCAAUGAGGAAAAACACAACUUGAUAUUUCAGUAUGAUGAAAGGGUAGCAGAGUUAGAAAAAAAGAUUAAGUGCCUUCAAGAAGAGAAUGCAGUUCACCAUGAAGAGCUUCAGUCUCUACUAAGAGACCAUGAACAAGAGAAAGUUCUCUUAAGGAAAGAAUUAGAAGAAACCCUGUCGCAUAAAGAGGCCUUGCAGUCUGAUCUUCUAGAAAUGAAGAAUGCUAAUGAAAAAACAAGGCUUGAAAAUCAGAAUCUUUUAAGUCAAGUUGAAGAAGCCUCUCAAAACUUACAUAGCAAAAAUAAAACCCAAAAUGAAAAAGAACAGUCUUUUGUAAGGGAGCUUGAAAACCUGAGGCUAUCGCAGGAACAAAAAGAAGCUGAAUUGCAGGACGUGAGAGCAGAGUUGUUGUUAUUAAAGGAUUCCUUAGCGAAAUCACCUGUAGAAAAUGAUCAACCUUCUUUAGUAAAAGAGUUGGAAGAAAAAAUAGGAUAUCUGGAAAAAGAAUCCAAAGAGAAAGAGGAAAAAAUAAAUAAGAUAAAACUAGUUGCUGUGAAGGCAAAAAAAGAACUAGAUUCUAGCAAAAGAGAGGCCCAGACUCUACGGGAAGAGCUUGAAUCUGUUCGAUCAGAAAAGGAUCAGUUGUCUACUUCCAUGAGAGAUCUCAUUCAAGGAGCAGAAAGCUAUAAGAAUCUUUUAUUAGAAUAUGAUAAGCAGUCAGAGCAGUUGGAUGUGGAAAAAGAACGUGCUAAUAAUUUUGAACAUCACAUAGAAGAACUUACAAGACAAUUAAGGAAUUCAACUUUUCAGUGUGAAAAAUUAAAUUCUGAUAAUGAAGAUCUCCUGGCUCGUAUUGAGACACUACAGUCUAAUGCAAAGUUAUUAGAAGUACAGAUAUUAGAAGUCCAAAAAGCCAAAGCAGUGGCAGACAAAGAGUUGGAAGCCGAAAAACUUCAGAAAGAACAGAAGAUAAAGGAGCAUGCCAGUUCUGUAAAUGAACUUGAAGAACUUCAGCUUCAACUUCAGAAGGAAAAGAAACAGCUUCAGAAAACUAUGCAAGAAUUAGAGCUGGUUAGAAAGGAUGCCCAGCAAACCACAUUGAUGAAUAUGGAAAUAGCUGAUUAUGAACGUUUGAUGAAAGAACUAAAUCAAAAGUUAGCUAAUAAAAACAGCAAGAUAGAAGAUUUGGAGCAAGAAAUAAAAAUUCAGAAGCAGAAACAAGAAACCCUGCAAGAAGAAAUGGCUUCACUACAGUCUUCAGUGCAACAAUCUGAGGAAAAGAAUACCAAAAUCAAGCAGUUGCUUGUGAAAACCAAAAAAGAACUGGCAGAUUCAAAGCAAGCAGAAACUGAUCACUUAAUACUUCAAGCAUCUUUAAAGGGUGAGCUGGAGGCAAGCCAGCAGCAAGUAGAAGUCUAUAAAAUUCAGCUGGCUGACAUAACCUCUGAGAAACAUAAAGUUCAUGAACAGCUGAAGACCUCUGCAGACCAGCACCAGCGCACAUUGAGCGCAUACCAGCAAAAAGUGACAGCCCUUCAAGAAGAAUGCCACGCUGCCAAGGCAGAACAAGCUACUAUAGCCUCUGAAUUUGAGAACUACAAAGUCCGCGUUCACAAUGUUCUAAAACAACAGAAAAAUAAAUCUGUGUCUCAGACUGAAACCGAGGGAACUAAACAAGAAAGAGAACACCUGGAAAUGCUGAUUGAUCAACUAAAAAUCAAAUUACAGGACACCCAAAAUAACUUACAGAUCAACGUAUCCGAACUUCAGAUGUUACAGUCUGAACAUGACACUCUGCUAGAAAGACAUAACAAGAUGCUGCAGGAAACUGUAUCCAAAGAGGCAGAACUCCGGGAAAAGUUGUGUUCAAUACAGUCUGAGAACAUGAUGCUAAAGUCUGAACAUGCACAGACUGUGAGUCAACUGACGUCCCAAAAUGAGGUCCUUCGCAGCAGCUUCCGUGAUCAAGUGCGCCAUUUGCAGGAAGAGCACAGAAAGACAAUGGAAACUUUACAGCAGCAACUCUCCAAAGUGGAAGCUCAGCUUUUCCAGCUUAAGAGUGAACCGACCACAAGAAGCCCAGCUUCUUCCCACCAACCUUUGAAGAACCUUCGAGAAAGGAGAAGCACAGACCUUCCCCUACCAGACAUGUACACCAUAACCCGGGAGGAGGGAGAAGGAAUGGAGACAACUGACACAGAGUCUGUAUCUUCCUCUGGCACUCACACACAGUCUUUAGAGCAACUGCUUAAUUCUCCUGAAACUAAACUUGAGCCUCCUUUAUGGCAUGCUGAAUUUACCAAAGAAGAAUUGGUUCAAAAGCUCAGUUCUACCACAAAAAGCGCUGAUCACUUAAAUGUCCUGCUUCGGGAAACAGAAGCAACCAAUGCAAUCCUUAUGGAGCAAAUUAAGCUCCUCAAAAGUGAAAUAAGAAGACUGGAAAGAAAUCAGGAACGAGAAAAGUCUGUAGCUAACCUGGAGUACUUGAAGAAUGUCUUGCUCCAAUUCAUUUUCCUGAAACCAGGUAGUGAGAAAGAAAGACUGCUUCCUGUUAUAGAUACAAUGCUGCAGCUCAGCCCUGAAGAAAAGGGAAAACUUGCUGCAAUUGCUCAAGGUGAGGAAGAAAAUGCUUCCCGUUCCUCUGGCUGGGCAUCCUAUCUGCAUAGUUGGUCUGGACUUCGAUAGAUUGACAGGAAAACAUUAUUUACGAAAUAGAAUCCAUUUGGCAAAAAAGUUUCACAUUGCUGUCAUUCUUUUGUCCAAUAGUGUGUGUAUAUAUUCACAUCUACAUAUAUUUCUACAUAUCUAUGUCAGAUGUAUUUUAAAAGUCUCCGCUUGAAGUAAAAGUAUGAAGUAAGUACAGCAGCCUGAAGUGUUGAUACCAGUCCACAGCCCUUUGACUCUGUGACCUCCCAUGUGUGCUACCAGAUGAAAACACCAAGAACGAAGUCACUCCCUUCUUCUGUAGAACCUCAGGACCCGCCUGUUUCUGGGCAGUACUGUGAAUUUUGAAGUUAAAUUUUGGUACAGUACCAACUGGAAUUUAGGUUUUUAAAAUAAUGUUACAAGACUGUUUAUUGCAAGAUCAGACUUGCAGAUGGAUUAUUAUUAUAAAUUGUUAAAGAAAACUUGUUAAGUAGAAUAUGAAGGAAAAUACUUUAUUGGUAAAGUUGACAUGUUUAUUAAGAGAUUAUAAAGCAAAUAUGUGCAGUUAAUUAUGAAACUAAAAUACAGUUUAAUUACUUUAAAAUGAACUGUCCUUUUUUUCCUCUAAAGUAUAUUAUCUCAAAACUCAUUAUGUUGUUAGAGACUCUACCGUUGGCUGGUGUGACACGGAACAUGAACGUAGGGGACCAAGCUCAUUACCUCGGGGUGAUUUCAUGAUGUCUCUCCAGGCUCUUGAGGGGACUCAUCCACUUUUAAGCCAUGAAUCUGUUUUGAGAAUUCUUUCCAUCUCCCCUAAUAAAAACUUAUCAGCACA